UAUCAAACCCCGAAGAUAGGUACUCACCACCUUCAUUACUUUGAAUUUUAUUUUGAUGGAUCGGCCUAUCAUAAGGAUUGCAGAGACCAAAUAUGGUCAAGAAGGGACAGUCCUCGAAAGGUGGACCAAAACCAGGUACAUCUGCCGGUAAGAACAAACCAGCAACAGCAGCACCCGCUGCAGAUGAUAGUUUCAUCGUCUUUUCAAAUUCCGAUAAAGAGCCAAAGCAGAGAAAACCACCAGCUCAAGGACAAGAUGGAUCCGAUCCAAUGGGUGAGGCACCGAAGAGGCCAGAUGUUAAGAAGUUGAUUGGGGGACAAUCGUGGACCGGAAAGUUACCUGUCAAUUUACUUUCGGAACAUUGUCAGAAGCAAAGAUGGGAAAAGCCGGAAUAUACUAUGGUGAGUGUUCUUGAGUUGCAGAGAUUUGCAUAUGUUUCUGCUAGAAAGAAUAGCCCAUGCUAAUGAUAUGGAAUAGAGCAAAAAUCCCGAAGGAUUCUCUUCAAUGGUAAUUCUCAAAGCUAAAAAUCCAAAAACUCAAGAACUCGUAUCGCUAGCUCCGUUCAAAUUACCUCCUUCGCAUAAACAUCUUGCGGUCAAACCUACAGCCCUCGAGGCUAGACAUUUUGCUGCUACGUAUGGACUUUUCCGGGUUCUCAAUAUGCGAAACAUUCAUAUGACACUUCCACCCGAUUAUCGAGAUUUAUGGAAGGGAGAGUUUGAAGUUUUGAAGAAAGAAGAUAUUAAGGAAGGAAAGGCAUGGAUGUAUGAGGCCGAUCCAUUUGCUGCCUUGAGGGAAAGAGAAGAUGCAAAAGCCGCAAUGGAAAAGAAACGAAAUGAUCAGCAAAAGGCCAGGGAAAAGGCUAUGAAUACACCAGGAUCGGGAGGACCAGGAGGUGUAGGUUUGGCUUUACGUGGUAAUGGAAGUAAUGGCACGAGUCAAGCGGGAGGUUCAUCACAUAACAACAUUCAUAGAGGAUGGACUAAAGUUCCAAAAAUCGAAAUGGGCAAGCGAACGCGAACGAAGGUCGAAAGUCUAGUAAGGAGACAUGCUAUUUGGAAUCCACAUGAUGUCAAGUUAUCAGAUUUCCAAAAGCAUUCAAUUGUGAAGGAAUUCAAGACUCUCGAUUUCCGGCAAAGUCAUAUUGAAGAGGCUGUGGAAAUAUGCAAGGAUCGAGAGGAAACUCUUGAAUGGCUACUUAUCCAUGUCCCGGAAGAUGAUCUACCAAGAUGGGCAUUGCCAGAAGGAUAUGUCGCUGGCAUUAGUAUGGCAAGUAGUGACUUAAAGCGUGAAGGCGCUAUCAAGAGACUGGCUGAAGCUGGAUACUCUCUUGAGCUUUGCAAGCAGAUCUUUGACAUUCAUAACGAUGAAGGCAAAGCUUCUGAGGCUUUACAACACAUACUCAUGUCAAGUGGGAAAGAUGUGGAAACUAUUCCAAGCGAAGACUCAUGGGACACCGAAGAUGCCAAGGAAUCUUCCGAGGAGAUCUGGGAAGAGGAAAUGACAGGUCUUCAAUCUGUCUUUGGAGAGAAAUAUUCCCGUCCAUCGAAGGAUGUUUGCAGGAUCACAAUUAAACCGACAAAUCGUGGAACAAAUCUCCCUGUCGAGCCUAUCAUUCAAUUUCGACGAUCUUUAGAGUACCCUCUAAAAGUUCCGGUCCUAUCUAUCCACGUUCAAUUACCCGCAUAUAUUCGUUUGAGUAUUAUGAAGCAAGCGUUGAAUCACGCUAUGGAAGGUUUACUUGGCGAGCACAUGUUAUUUUUUCUUAUUGACUGGGUGGAACAAAAUCUUUACAAUAUCAUUGAAAGACCUGGAAAGCUCAGCGAUGUUUCUGCGGCUGCAUCGACAGUUAGUGAGGUCCAGCCAGUUCGUCGAAGAAGGAAAAACGUUUCGAGACAUCCUAGAGCAAUUAAAUGGAUUGCCAACGACAGGAGCAAGGAGGACUGGAUUAGUCGACAGCUAAAUCCGAAGUUGGAAUCCAUGAUAAAAGGUCGGAGAACUUUGCCGGCAUGGGAGAUGAAGGAUAUUAUCGUUGAUACCGUGAACUUCCAUCAAGUUACUAUCAUCUCCGGAGAAACUGGUUCAGGUAAAUCAACUCAAUCAGCCCAAUUUAUUCUCGAUGACAUGUACCAGCGAGCGUUUGGAGACUGUGCAAAGAUUAUUUGUACACAACCUAGACGUAUUUCUGCAUUAGGAUUGGCGGAUCGUGUUAGUGAUGAACGAUGUUCCCCUGUUGGUCAAGAAGUUGGAUACAUUAUCCGAGGAGAGUCAAAAGCCUCACCCAAUACCAAGAUCACUUUUGUGACUACAGGUGUACUUCUGCGGCGAUUACAAACGUCCGGGGGAAGUAGUGAUGAUGUCGUAGCAUCACUUGCAGAUGUCAGUCAUGUUAUCAUUGAUGAGGUUCACGAGAGAUCUUUAGAUACAGAUUUCUUACUUGUUUUGCUACGGGAUGUUCUUCGUCAACGGCAAGACUUGAAAUUAAUCUUGAUGAGUGCCACUUUGGAUGCUGGUAUCUUUGAAGAUUAUUUCAAGAGUGGUGGAAAAGUUGGCAGAGUCGAAAUUAGUGGUCGUACGUACCCAGUGGAAGAUUAUUAUCUUGAUGAUGUUAUCCGAAUGACUAAUUUCAAUCCGGGCUUUGGUGGUAAAUACCAGGAAGAUAAUCAGGAGACAUCUGGUAUGGAUUCGGACGUCGCAGCUGCCAUUCAAAGUAUUGGUAUGAGGAUUAAUUAUGAUUUGAUCAGUCAAACAGUUAAAGAGAUUGAUGCUGAAUUAACUCAUCUGAAACAAGAUGGUGGGAUUCUCAUAUUCAUGCCCGGUCUCGUCGAAAUUACUCGAACACUUGAUUACUUGAAGACGAUACCAAAUUUACAUGCUCUACCAUUACACGCCUCUUUACAAUCAUCAGAUCAACGAAAAGUAUUUCCACAUGCUCCUUAUGGCAAACGGAAAGUUAUAGUUGCCACGAAUGUUGCCGAAACAUCUAUCACAAUUGAUGAUAUUGUUGCAGUAAUAGAUACUGGUCGCGUGAAAGAGACAAGUUAUGAUCCUCAAAACAAUAUGCGAAAAUUGGAAGAAGUAUGGGCUUCACGUGCUGCAUGUAAACAAAGAAGAGGUAGAGCAGGUCGUGUUCAAGCCGGAAAAUGUUACAAGCUUUAUACAAGAAAUGCCGAAAAGUCGAAAAUGAUGGAGAGACCGGAACCAGAGAUUAGAAGAGUACCAUUAGAACAACUAUGUUUAUCUGUACGUGCUAUGGGCGUAAAGGAAGUUGGAUCAUUUUUGGCCAGUGCAAUCACUCCUCCUGAAAGUAUGGCUGUUGAUGGUGCUAUGGAUUUAUUGGGAAGAAUGGGUGCUCUUGAUGGAGAUGAUCUUACCGCAUUAGGUCGUCAUCUUUCGAUGAUUCCUGCUGAUCUUCGUUGCGGUAAAUUGAUGGUAUAUGGUGCUAUGUUUGGUUGUUUAGAUGCUGCAGUCACAAUUGCAGCUAUCUUGACCGUUAAAUCGCCUUUCGUAUCACCUCAGGAUAAGAGAGAAGAGUCAAAAUCUGCAAGAGCGAGGUUUGCCAAGAAUCAAGGUGAUUUAAUUGGAGAUCUUCGAGCUUUUGAGGAGUGGUAUGAGAUGAUCAAUAAUAGAAAGUAUGCAUUCCUCCACCGCAAUUGAUACGCAAUGCUAAUCGUAAUAGUUACCGACAAGGAGAGAUUCGAAACUGGUGCAAUGAUAAUUACCUUUCAUAUCAAACACUCAAUGAUAUCUCCUCAAAUCGGACCCAAUACCUCACAUCCCUUCGUGAAAUCGGUUUCAUUCCAUCAUCAUCCAUUCUCCCACCAGCUUUAUCCGCUAAAUCAUCAAACAAUGCUCUCAUUAGAUCUCUUUGCGCAGGAGCCUUCAAUCCUCAACUUGCUCGGAUCGAUUUUCCAGACAAGAAGUUCGCAGCCUCAGUCUCAGGUGCUGUCGAAUUAGAUCCAGAAGCAAAGACAAUCAAAUACUUCAAUCAAGAAAAUGGGCGUGUUUUCGUACAUCCAAGUAGUACCAUCUUUGACGCACAGACAUUCCCGGGUAAUAGCAAAUAUAUGAGUUAUUUUAACAAGAUGGCGACGAGUAAAAUAUUCAUUAGAGAUUUAACACCUUUCAAUGCAUACACGGCGCUACUCUUCUCGGGCCCAAUUACAUUGGAUACAUUGGGAAGAGGUCUUUUGGUAGAUGGUUGGCUGAGACUAAGAGGUUGGGCAAGAAUAGGUGUACUAGUUAGUAGAUUGAGGGGGAUGCUGGAUGAUGUUUUGGCGAGGAAAAUCGAUGAGCCGGGUCUGGAUUUGUCGGGGAAUGAGGUGGUGGAAGUGGUUUUGAAGUUGGUCGAGUUGGAUGGGAUGGAUCAGUAGUUUCUAUUGGUAUGCUGUAGUGCUGGUGGCGUGGAAAAUGUAAAAUUGGAGAUAGAUUAAGGGAGUCGGGAAUAUUCUGUGGAUAGAAAUUAGAGGAAGGCCAAUUGAUCUGUUGACUUCACUGCA